CCCGCUCUGCUCCGCUGCCUCUUUCACCUCGCCCAAACUUUCUCUCUUCGCUGUACUACUACUAGUUCCCACCCAACUUCAGUGUGGGGGUGCCCAAAUCACGGUGCUCCAUCAGGCUACACAAUGGCGCUGAUCGAUUGGAUAGAACUGAGUGAUGAUGCAGAGAUUAUUGAAUUGAGCAGUAGCGAGGAGAAUGUCGAAGAAUAUCAGGGAGCUUCCACACAGAGCAACUCAGCUCAGCACCAAGCUACAUUGCAUGAUGAUCAGACCAUGUUUGUCACAGAAGGUGAACGAAGGGAAGAGGCUACCGAAUCUGGAAAUGCAGAGGAAGCUACUGCAUCCUCCUCCGUUACUGAAAAAGAGUCUGGAAAUCCAGAGGAAGCUACUGUAUCAGAGACUUGUCCUCACACUCCAACAGCCGUUGUUACUCUAAAAGAGUCCAGAAAUCCAGAUGAAGCUACUGUAUCACAAACUUGUCCUCACACUACAACAGCUGUGACGUUCCCCGGACCUGAUCCCUUCUCUCCGAAGGCUCUGACUUUUCAAGCCUGUGUCGCCAAGCCGCGGAGAGCGAAGGCGAAACGUCGCAGGAAGCUCUUCCACGCCGAUACACCUUGGACUUGGAGGAGCCCUAGGCUUGAAGACAAGCAUAAAGGUCGUAGAAGGCCCGUGGAAGAGCUGGCAGUUGAGCGCAAGGCUUCUGCCAUGCCGGAAGAAGAAGAACAGAAGAACACCUCGGCUAGGAGCCGGAGGAAAUGCAAGGUGUUCGGCAAACGGUGUAACCUCGGCAGAUAGCCUCCACUGAUCCCGCAAAACUAAGGUAGUCGACUGAAGAUGAAAGAUGAUCGUCUCGAAACUGUCUGGAUUUUGGCGGUCCAGUUUGCCUCUCCUGUGACGCGGGAAGAAUCACUAGUGUUGGUGGGGUUUGGUGGGGUCGUGUUGCCCUUGCUGCGCUGUCCAUAUGAGGGCGCUUGCGUUGGACCACUUGGGCACACUCGAAGUUAUGGAACUACUAUGUGGCUUACUGGACGCAGCUCUUAUCGUGCAGUGAAGAAAAUAUGUACGUGCUCUUAUCGUGCAGUAAAGAGAUGUGUAGGACAUAGAUAAAUCAUGAACGUCAGGUUUUUGGAGUUUCAGCCCGAAUGAGCUCAGCGCCGUUGGAUAUCUUGCACAAAUCGUAAAGCAACCAGGGGCGCCAUGUGCAGUCGUCUUGCACUGCCGCACCUCUCUCCCUUGUACUACCUUUCUCCGUUACCAACUCACGCGCCGCACGGGACAGAGGGGGAGAGAGGCCAUGCGCAGGCGGCAAGGCGGUUUGUGUCGUACCAAGGGGGGCCAUGUCGGAGAGGAGGCAUGCGGCGGCGGAGACGAGGAGCGGGAGGAGGCGUGCAACGACAUUGUCAUUCGAAUCCUCGGCGGUGGUGGGCGGAGGAAGUACUCGACAACGAUGCCGGUGCGGCGUGCCGUAUCGACGGCGGCAGAGAGAGCCUCACGCGAGUGGUGGUUGCCGGUUGUCAGGCCGAGGUAUGGGGGGGUGGAGCUCGUGGGUGCCCUACGUCGAUUCUUAAGUCAGAGGCUCAUCGUCCCGCUGGCCGCCGCACCGCCACCGGUCGAAGAGGCCGCCUCCCCACGUUUGAAGCAUGAGCGGGGGACGUCGGACCGGAGAUUCAGGCACGGGCUGCAGGAUCAAACUUCGGUUUGCUUCCUGUGUGAGAGGACACUGUGGAUCACAUAUUUUUACAGUGCGUUUUGCACAACAGGUAUGGUUUCUCAGGUGCACAAGACUUGGCAUUGAUCUUUCCAUCUUGUCAACUAUGACAGAUAAUCUUGAGGGAUGGUGGACUAGGUCGAGGAAGAGAAUCCACAAGACAUACCGUAAAGGAUUUGACGCCUUCUGCAUCCUAGUUUGGUGGAACUUAUGGAAGCAGAGAAAUGGUCGAGUUUUUACGUCACACGCCAUCACCAAUGAAUGGGGCACUGCCGAGCUGAUCCAUCAGGAACUCUUGCGUUGGGUGCAAGCAGGAGGAAGAGGAGUACAACAUUUGAUUGAGGAAUAGUAUGUUUGCGUGGGAGUGGUGUGUUUGAUGUGCCAACCUUCUGUGGAUGGCCGUCUUUUGUAA